UAGAUGGAGAGAGAUGCCAGUUCACUUCCUGAGGACUGAUGAGUUUCUCCUGAGCAACUCAUCGACCCCACCACCACCACCACCAGCCCAGGAGUUCCCCACCCUGACAUCUCUCCAUUAGAGCAUGUCCAUAGGAUCAUCCUGUUUGUGCAUGUGUGUAUUUCAGACUAUGUGCGUAUAACAUAACAGAAUACAUCCUCCACUUCUGAUGAAAGCACUGUAUCUUCAGUAGGACAUGCAUUAAAGAUGUUUGGAGGCUAUUUUUCCAGUUUUGGCCUGGUGAAAAAGUUAUUGUCUGCUUGCCUGAAUUGUACAAUCAACUUGUAUUUAUGCACCAAACCAAUAGUUUCAUAGUUAAGAAUAAAGAUUGUUCUGUAAGUUUAGUUCUUGGUCGAUUAGUGUUCAAUCCUCUUAAAUCACAUGUCUCUUCUCAUAGCUGAGAAGUGAGCUCCAUGAUGAAAUUAGGAACAUUUUAUUGACAUUUCUGUGGGAUAUCAAAGGUUAUCUGAUUGCCAGUAAAUGGAGUUAAUAUUGUUUUCUUAUUGCAUAAUCAGCCUUGAUUCAAAGGGGGUGUUAGAAAUUGACAGGUCACAAAUAAAUAUCAGUCCAGCAGCCAGGGGGAUCGAAUCAGUCAGGGGUAGAUAACGGAGAGACUCGUUUUCUUUUAACUAACUUAAAGAUUUUUUAUCCAACAUGCUCUGGUUUCUUUUGCUGUUCUGUGGCUUGUCUUUGGCUGAGGAGGGUGCCAAUGAUCCUGACACAUGCUUUCCUGACAUGUGUAAUCUCCUGAAAGAGGUUGGUGCCAUGUCAGAAAAAAUCAAAUCUUUGGAAAGCAGGCUGCAGGAAAGUGAAACCAGGCUGCAGGACAGUGAAACCAGGCUGCAGGACAGUGAAACCAGGCUGCAGAACAGUGAAAGUCAAAUUCUGGAACUGAAGAACAAAGAGGGAACCAAGGUGAUCUUCAGUACAGCGGUAGGAGAAGGAAAAAAACACAUUGGACCUUUCACCACAGACACAACUUUAAUCUACAAAACAGUGAUUACAAACAUUGGAAACGCCUACAAUGCAGCCACAGGUAUCUUCACUGCACCUGUUGCAGGUGUUUAUUACUUCACCAUCUUUUUUCAUGCUGGAUGGACACAUAAGACAUCUCUGCAUCUCUACAAGAACUCUGAGGCGACACUCUCUACCUCUGAUGAAGAUACAGUGACCAACAGAACUGAUAAUGGAGGAAACGCAGGGUAUCUUCAUCUACAGCGAGGAGACCAGGUGUAUGUGCGCCUGUUUAAAAAUUCACAUGUUUGGGGAAACGGCGGUUUUACGACUUUUAGUGGUUCUUUGAUCACUCAAAUGUGAGAAUCAAUACUCUAAUUGUCCUACUUAAAUGUGUCUAUUACCAUUAUCUAUAAAUGAUCUAUUAAUUAUCAAAUAGAAAUUCUGAUUUUGAGAUUAGCUUCAUUUAAUUAAUUAAUUAAAAGUUAAUGAAAUCAGAAAUUGCUUGCCCAAUCACAUUGGUUGGUUGUAGAGUUGACAUGACUCAGGUUUUGCGAAUCAAAAUGCAGGAUGGUCCAACAGUCAUUUACAAGAUCUCAUCUCAUCUCAUCAUUUCUUUAAGGUCAUUUGAAAAACAAAAACAGACUCAAGUCAUAAACUUAAAAAUGUCAAAAAAUAAAAAAUUUGAUUCAUUCUUUUUUAAAGGUCCCAUCUGUAAGAUAUUUACUGAAUUAAAUCAUAAAAUGACCUUACUAUAUGAUCAGACAUUAAAGAAACAUGCUAAGUUGAAGUGUUGGCUUUUCUGUCUACAACGCAGCAGCCAGUAUGUUUGGAUUUCUGUGCGGAAUAGUCUGUUUCUGUUUUGAGGUUAGAAUGCAGAAAGGUUUCAAGACCGAUGCAGAGCUGCACCUAAACACUGAAGCUACUGUGUCCAGAAUAUGGCAACCUGCGUAUGCCUUGACUCUAAGGAGGAGGGAGCGAGGCGAGACAGCUCUAUUCAAUGUUUUGAAUUUGGACUGCAGUACCCAUUUUAAACACUAGGUGUCAAAGUUACCUGUUGCUCCUUUAACUUCCUGAUAUGAAAAUCUGCGAUGUCAUUUUGCUACUUACAAUACAAUGAUUCCAUCUGAAUUUGAUAAAAUAUGAAUUUACUCUCUCUGAAUGUGGUCUGCCCUUCAUUUAUUGCCUUGUUACUCCUCCUAUCAUACCUGACUUUCUUUCUUGAAAUAAUUGUCAUUUUAUUGAAAUGAUGCUUGAAUUAAACAAUAAACAUACUAAAGACAAGAUUAAA